AUGCGACCGUUCGGCGUCAUACUUCAGUUUUUGUAUCCCUGUUCCAGUGAGAAUUUACGUUUGUCCUCAGAACGCAAUGUUCUGGUCACAAACAGCACGAGUAUGGUGCUGCGUAUCAAAGAGUUGGAACAACAGUGUCGACGUUUGCGUCAGGAUCUGGAAAACGUGGAUCUUCGAGAGAAAUUCGGAAACUCCAAUGGCCUUGCGCAAGCGAUUCUCACGCAUCGAAAUGGCUCNAAGGAACAAUUGUGUGAGUUGCAGGAUGCGAUUCGUUGGACGGGAGCGCUGAAAGCGGAACAAAUGGAAUUACAACAACGCCAAAUGGCCCAACGCUCAGGAGGACCACGGAAACGGAGUAGAAUUUGGGCAUUAUUUGCCAAAUUAUUCACUCCGAAAAAUCACGAGAACGGUUCAGCUGAACCGCAGGACACAGUGCACUCGUCCGUCAUUUAUGAGGCUCGAGCAGACGGACACACUGAUUCGUGCAUUAUUAGCCCGAAAACAGUUGGUUCUGAAUCAGAACCAGUGCUACGCGAACCAUCCCAACCCGAGUAA